AUGAUGACGAAGGCAUGGUAUCCGUAUAGGACACGAGGUAAUGAACUUACAUAUAUCAACCACAAAUUAUCAUGGACAACGAAGGACCCGUGGUGUUACAAGCACGAGUUGCGUGAAUUGUUGCAUUGUGCGGAGUUCGCGCCCUCGCCUCUCCUUGUCUUCGUUUCGGCCUUUUUCCAAGGGAUAGCUGCAACAUACUUCAUCAUAAACGCCUUCAUCUUUGGCGCAUUGGCGGCGUGGCGCCACUCAUGCACCCUCAUGCGCCGCCUACAUGCUGCAGGCGGCGCCUUUGUACACCCCAGUCCUCCGCCACCCGUUAUUGGAAGCCGUGAUCCGCCAGCAUUGGAAUAA